AUGAUGAUGAGAAGGGACAAGUACGUGUUGUUGGCCGAUGCAACCGUUGCUUUGGCCAAUAAGUUGGGAGUUGCGUAUCUCAAGAGAUCAAUAUCUAAAGAACUUGAUGACUAUAGUGAAGAUUACAGGCAGAUGGUGUUGGAAAUAAUUGAAAAGUUGUUGGCAUGUCCUGAUAAUUCAUCGGAUCGCAAUGCUCAGUUGGAAGACGCCUUUCAGGAUAUCGCCUACUUGUUGAAUGCUCAUAUGGACUGUAGCGAAGGAUUGAAUCUUGAUUUUAUCGAAGGGGGAACUACUCCCAGCUACGCGCGCUUCACCUUCGACGCCACCCUGUACCCGCCGGAGGACGACGACGACUACAUCAUAAUCGGGACCAUCGGCUGCCCUCUCGCUGCCACCCUCUCCGCCGCCGGCCACCACGUCCUCCUCCUCGAGCGCGGCGGGACCCCCGACGAGUUCCCCUCCCUCAGCUCCCAGGACGGAUUCCUCCAAACCCUGGUUGCCGCCAACAGCCUCGAUUCCCCCGCCCAGUCCUUCGUCUCCGACGACGGCAUCACCAAGGCUCGCGGUAGAGUCCUCGGCGGAUCGUCGGCGAUCAACGCGGGAGGAGGGGGAACUACUCCCAGCUACGCGCGCUUCACCUUCGACGCCACCCUGUACCCGCCGGAGGACGACGACGACUACAUCAUAAUCGGGACCAUCGGCUGCCCUCUCGCUGCCACCCUCUCCGCCGCCGGCCACCACGUCCUCCUCCUCGAGCGCGGCGGGACCCCCGACGAGUUCCCCUCCCUCAGCUCCCAGGACGGAUUCCUCCAAACCCUGGUUGCCGCCAACAGCCUCGAUUCCCCCGCCCAGUCCUUCGUCUCCGACGACGGCGUCCCCAAGGCUCUCGGCAGAGUCCUCGACGGAUCGUCGGCGAUCAACGCCGGAUUCUACAGCCGGGCUCACAGGGAGUUCUUUAACGCUUACGGUGUCGAGUGGGACCCGGAGAUGGUGGAGAAGGCGGUGGGGUUUAGGCCGGAGCUGAAGAGUUGGGUGUCCGCAGUGAGGGAUGGAUUGAUCAAGGCGAGUACUUUCGAUUCAAGCGGGAGGAGGCAUAGUGCUGCUGAUUUGCUGGCAUUGGCGAACGCGGAGAAUUUGAGGGUGCGACUAGGGCUAGCGUGGAGAGGAUCUUGCUCAAUUCAAAUCUAUCCUCAGAUCAAAAAACCAAACUCCAAAACGAGAUUCCUCCAGCUCCCGCCAUCGGACCCUCCCCUGUAGCCGCGAUCACAUCACCGACGCCCUGCACCUCCAUUGACUUCGGCCUCCUCUGCAUCCGGCUGUCUCCUCCUACCCUACAGUCAUCGUGGUCGCAGCCUCCUGCCCUACAGUCGUCGUGGUAACACCAUACCUGCCGCCGGUCACGUCACCGACUCCCUGCUCCUCCGUCGACGCUUCCCUACAAGAGAACUCCACCGAGCAGGCCUCCUGAUCGUUGAUGAUCUUGGAGUCAAUGACCUCGCCGCCUGGAGAUCUAGAGGCUUCGGAGGCCCUCUGGUGAAGACGAAGCCCGAGGAUGAAGACCAAAGCCCUCGGAUUUGUUCGGGUUGGAUUUCGUCGGGUUGAAGAGGGAGGCGGCUAGGUUAGGGCUCUGAUACCAUAUUGAAAAUUAGGGUUUUUUUAAUUCACUUUCUCACUGAUAGAAUAGAUUGGCUUAUAUAGCCUUACACCCACAUUUACACAAAACCCCCUCUAAUAUUCUCUAAUUACAUUAUCUUUUCAACAAGUGGUUACCAAGAUAACAAUGAAAACCUUACCUUACGUGGCGUGAUCUCGCCCACUGAAAGUGAUGUGGGCAAUAAGGAUU